AAAAGCGCAAUAAUUGAGGACUCCCACUCUCAUACAAAUCCUCACCAAUCAUGUGCAUCUCCUUAUCACUCUGCCCUUCCUUAACAAGUGGUUCUCAGUCGUUUACUUUUCACCGUAAUCUCCUCUCGUGUAGAUCCACACCAAGCAAGAACUACCCUUUCUUGAUUCGUUCCCGUCUUUCCAUGGAUUCAACCAUUCCUGAAGUUGCCUACGAUUACUCUCCCUUCCUUCGCAUUUACAAAGAUGGCCACGUAGAGAGACUCAGGGGCACCGACAUCGUCCCUUCUGGAUUAGACCCCAAAACAAACGUCCUGUCUAAAGAUGCAGUCUACUCACCGGAGUUAAAUCUCUCUUCUAGACUUUACCGACCACGUAACACCAACCCUGAUAAAAAACUCCCAGUCCUAGUUUACUAUCAUGGCGGUGGCUUUUGCAUUGAAACCCCCUUCAAUUUUCGUUACCAUGAUCACCUUAACAAUCUAGUUGCGGCGUCCAACGUUCUAGCAAUCUCUGUUGAUUAUAGAUUGGCCCCGGAGCACCCCCUUCCUAUUGCAUAUGACGAUUCAUGGACAGCUCUUAAAUGGGUUGCCUCUCAUGUUAAUGGAGAUGGCCCUGAGGAGUGGCUAAACUCUCAUGCUGAUUUCGGUCAGGUUUUUCUUGCUGGAGAUAGUGCUGGUGCUAACCUAGCACACCAACUUGCUAUGAGGUAUGGUCAAGAAAAACUGUCUGGUAUUGACCUCACAGGUGUUAUCUUAGUACAUCCAUAUUUCUGGGGCAAAGAACAUAUCGGUACAGAGGGCGAGAAUUUGGAAACAAAAUCAAGGAUCGAUGCUAUAUGGCAUUUUGUAUGCCCUACAUCAAGUGGGUUGGAUGACCCUUUGAUUAAUCCACUUGUUGAUCCAAGAUUGGAUAGCCUGGGGUGCGACAGGCUGCUUGUUAUUAUUGGCGGGAAGGAUGUCUUGAGGGAAAGAGGAUGGCAGUAUUAUGAGAGGUUAAGCAAGGGCGGGUGGGAAGGUGUGGUGGAGAUUAUGGAGGGCAAAGAUGAUGAACAUGUGUUUCAUUUGAGCGAUCCUACCUGCGAGAAUGCUGUGGCUUUGCUUAAGAGAAUCGCUUCUUUCAUCAACAAAGACAAGGCCUGAUUUAUCAUGUUGCUUGGUUUCUGGCUCAGGGUUUUUCCUUGAUUUGUCCAUGGAAUAAUAUGAGUUCAUUGUACAGUAGCUCUAUAUAUGCUACAUAGGUAUGUCGUCAUAAAUCAGCUCGUGUCCAACUCUUUCAGAAACAUGUAGUAACACAUCCAGAAAAAUAGAAGAUGAUGAUUUUAGAACGAUCAUAAAAGAAA